CAAGGUCGAAAUCGAGGUCAAGGCCGCCCGCGUGGGGGUGGACCCUGGGCACGCCGUUGGCGCGUUCUUCGUCCCUUCCUCUUGCCGCAACACGUCGCCCCUUGAACCUGGCGAUAAAGGCUUCCGAGGUGAUCAUGGAAACAUGCAAGUUACGACAUGAAGGUCGAGGUGGCGUGGAUCGAGGUCGAGGAGGGUUCAAGACUACAAGUGUUUGUUCGGGUGUCAAGACGACAAGUUCUUGCUCGCGCGGCACCGUGGUCGCACCGCUGCCCCCGCCGAGCCAAACAACACGCGUAAUACCUCCCGCCGCGUCCUUUACUCGCAGUGGCAAGCUUCUCGAGUGACGUAACAAUGGCGAGGGGAUCGGAAGGUGGACCACCUCCACCGGGCUCGUGCUCGCCCUCCUCGUCCUCCCCAUGGACGUCGUUUGUUGUGUGUGUCUUGGCUUGCACAGCUCAUCCAGCACACCAAUACCCCUGUCAAGCGACACUCGCAGAGUUACCGGCGCUCUCGGCCUCGUUGCGUGCCCCGCCCGCCCCUCCUCGCCGCCGCUUCCCCUAGCCUCUUGGCGGCGGCCGGCCGGUCUCGACGUCGGUGUCACUCCCUCUCGCUCCCACUCUCAAGCCACUGCACACAACAAGAUUGGCCCACACAGCGAGACAGGUCGACUGGCUCGACCCCGCUCACAGGCAGCGCGGCGAGUCUCGCCCCGUCGCCCCAUGAGAGCGCGCAUAAAGCCUCGACAUCCCCUGCUGUCCGCCGUCCUCCAAUCACUCUUCCCCUCACUCUCUACCGAACAACUCAUCAAGCUCUACCACAAUCAAGCACAAUGGGCAACGGACAGUCUAUCGUCACCACCCCUAGCGACCUUCAGUGCGCUGAGGGCUGUGACCAGCCCAACUGCGGCCACAGCAAGUUUGCGUCCCACGGCUCUCCCGGCCAGCCUGCGACCCAGUCGGUCAACUCGUUUACGACGGCCGCCGGUGUUUACUGCUACAAGCACAGCUACACCAUGGAGAAGGACCGCCUUGGCAUCUACCAUUGCUUCUACUGUGACCUGGAGCACGGCGUCGAGCACGACCCGUCUUCCGACCCACUCUCGGACAUCAGAAGCACUGUCGCCCUUGAGCGUACCAACCUGGCUGCCCCCGCCCCGGCCGCCCUCGGUACUGGCAUCCAGCGCAUGGGUUCGUCAACCAUCGGUCCCACCAUCCCCUCUCUCAAGAAGCCUGCGCCCGUUGCUUCCCUCGCCCGCCAGUCCCAGCUGCCCCAGCUCUCGCGCGCGGAGCAGUUCAAGCUCAUGUCGCGCGACGAGCAGAUGGCCAACCUCGACAUUGGCAACGGCGCGCCCGGCGACGCUCACCACCACUCGGCUGCGUCGGGCAUCCCCCGCCCCACCAAGCGCGGCGGCAAGAAGUAAGACCUGCGUUGAGGAGGACGGCGCCUCGGCCUCUAACCGGAACGAGGCGUCGUUCGAUUGAUGCGCAAAGAAGCGACGCGACAAGGACGUGGCGCUCGAUACCACCUCUCGGCUUUUACCACCCCUUCUCGAACCACCCCUCAUCCAUAUCCCGAGCGACCCCUUGUCUGAAGCUCAUGCCUGUGCCCUCCAAUCCCUUUGCCCCAAGCAGCUCGGCGCGUUUCUGUGCGCCUCGUCCUCCAUGCCACCACCCUCCUCCCCCUCCCUCCCCCUGGCCCUCCCUCCCAUGCCCG